GGGCCCAUCGCACCGGUCUCCCUCUCCCCUACCUCCUCCGUCCUCCGGAUCUUCUGCUCCUUCCCCCACUCGCGCUCAGGCUCGGUCCCAGGGAUCGGAGCGGCUCCCCCUCGGCGGCGUCCAGCGACGGAGGGACAGUCCCAGGCUCGGCGGCGGCGUCGGCGGCUCCCCCUCCCGCCUCUCGCCAGUCGCCUCGCGCCCUCGCUUCCGUCCUCCGCGCACCGGCCGGCAACCCUGCGUACGCACCUCCCUCUCCCCUCCCGCCUCUGCUGUACCGUGGGAGCCCGGCCAGCUGCCCAGGGUGGCCGGGCCUUGGCUCCGCCGGUGCUUGGAUUUUGCAACCUUGCCGAAAGAAGGGUCGGCUUCUACAAGGUGGAAGAUGAAGCCUGGAGGUUUCAACAUGAGGAAAAGCAUUGCCUGGAACCCUGCUUUUUUCACUGAAGAAGGUGUUUUGGAUAAUUCGGAGCUUUCUGUGCUUACUGGCUCCCAACUGAAGGCAAAUAGGAGCCCUGGUUCAGGGGCCAGUAGUAUAAUGUCCUCAUCGUGGCAGUCAGGGAGAUAUGGUAACACAUAUGUACGGAAGGAAGCCGCAGAGAAUUCACAUGGAAAAUUGCCUGCAAGAUAUCACAGGGCAGAAAGCCAGGGAAGGAAAUUGUUUUCUUCAGCAAAAACUCCUCAGAGGGACCAACAGAAAGAAUCUGCUGGAACACAAAACAGAAGCUCUGCAAGAAGCAUCCAAAUAUGCACACCAAGAGUACCAGCAGGAUCUAUGCAGAAGAAAGUACCAAACUCAUCUGCUUCUACAGCUCAGAUGUCAAGAAUACCAAAGCAAUCACGACCUUCUCCUCCUAAGGUCCCAAGAAGUACUUCAUCUGCGACAAACAGUUUGGAAUCACACAAAAAAAUAGCUCCAGUUAAAGCUGUGCUAGUUCAUAGAGUAACUGGAUUGCCUACUAGAUUGAAGAUCAAUUCUGUAUCUUCUGGACCUAGCAUAGAGAAGGAUGCGGUGAGUUAUAUAACUGAUGAUAUGAUGCCUGCUGUUACUGCCAUACGUGAAGAAGCCAGCGUUUCUGUGAAAUGCAAAAAAAAUCUAUCACACCCACAAAUUAAUCCAUCCAACCCCUUUGAUAGCACUGCGUCAAAAUUUGCUAAGCCAUCAGCACUUCGAAUGCCUUCACCUUCAGUUGGUUUUUUCAAUCAGGAAAAAGCGUUUGUGUCACACGGUGAUACUGCUAAAAGAAACGUGGGGAGGUGCUUCUCUUCAAAUACUUCAGUGCUUGAUAAACCUCCCAGAUACAGGCAGUCCGAGGAAAGCAGACCCCACCUAACAAAGCAGUUGUCAACCAAUUGCACUGCUGCUUCCACUCUUGUGCCACCUGUGACUAGAGAGAGCAAUCUCAAAUCUUUGGUGAUUCCAGAAAAGGAAUCAUUGUCAAAAGUUACUACUACAUACUUAGAAAAACCUGGAAAUAUAAAUAAUCAAGCAAGGCCAAAGGCUGAUUUCUCAUUGUCAGGAACUGGAGCUACUACUACUCCACAGCCGAUGAAUUUAGAAAAGAAUGAUGAUGCCGGAAAUAGUGUGCCAGUUGUGUACAAUGAGACAUCGCAUGUAGAAGGAAGGGGCAGUAUCAGAGAGAUUGAACCUCUUGAUAAUUCCAACUCUCUUGAAGCUAUUUGUUCCUCAACCACUGAACCUGUUGAGGAUUCGUUCCCUCUUCAAGCCAGUUAUUCCUCAACCAAACCUAUUGUAGGGAGUAAAUUGUCACCCUCUUGCAUUUCUUCUGAAGUAUGCUCCUCUAGUGAGCUUAGUUGUCAAGGCAAGUCAGACAGUGAUUCCAGUGCAGCAAUUGACUUGGAAAACUCUAAUGUUGGAGAGACUGCACUUGGAGCUUCUUUGUCGAAAGAUCAGUUGCCACAUUGUGGCAGUUUAAGAGAUGAAAUGCCAACCCUAGCUGACAGUCAUUCAGAUUUGAAUGAUUCUUCGUGUGAUGAAGCUAAACUUGCUUUGUCAGAAGAACCAAAUACUGAAGGUGACAUGGAGCUAGAAACAAACAGUACAUUAGAUGUAAAGGAAACUCUGUUGUUAGAUGUGGGGUGUGGGCAUAUUCACAAUUAUAGGACCACAGAUUGUUCUCCUAUGAAAUUGGAAGCGCCUACACCUUGUGUGGAAAGACAACAUGCUUUAUUAGUAGAACCAAAUAUUGAAGAAAAAAUGGUGCUUGACACAGACAGAUUGUCAGCUAUACAGGAUGCACCACAUAUAGAAAAGAACAAGGCACCAGACAGAUCAGCAAAUACAAUUCUUAAAGAUCAUCUGAAGAACUUGGUACCAUUUACAGAAGAAUGGCUUGCUGUAAUGGAGGCUCGUGGGCAGGAAGUUUUGGAACAAAAGACUGGUGCUGUGCAAAAUUCUCCUCCUGACAAAACAGCUCCAGAACCCAGUCCUUGGUCGCCGGUUAAACGGAAAGCGCAAGAUGUUGGACCAUUUGACUGUACCAAGUUCUCCAAAAACAUCCGAACCUCUGGUACCUGACUGCAGACCUUGGAAUCACAUUUAUCAUGGUACAGCCACGAUGAUAAGGUCAGGGCAUCCGAACAUCUGGUACCCUCGCUGCAUACGAUUGACCUUCACAUUCUAUCAUGGUGUAGCCACUGUGAUAAGUAAGGUCAGGGACUCCGAGCUGAACACGGAGUAAAUACCUGCCACUGAUUCUCAUUUUGAUCAACCUAACUGCAAUGUAGUUCAGCAGCCUUGUUGAUCUGCAUUUGUUCCCUCCCCUUUUUUUUUGCUAUUGUGAAAUACUGUUGAGAUCACGCCCCAAGCAAACACUUGGUAAACAAGGGAAAAAAAAAGGAGAGAGGUUCUUUUGUCUUUGUCUCAA